CAAACAGAAACAUUUGGGGUCCUUUUACUUCACGUGUGCGUCUGCUGCUCUGCCAUCGUGAGACGAAACCAUGCCGAAGUCAAAGAGGGACAAGAAAAUUUCGUUAACGAAAACAGCCAAGAAAGGACUGGAGUCAAAACAGAAAUUAAUAGAGGAGUUACGGAAAUGUGUGGACACCUACAGAAACUUGUUCAUAUUCUCUGUGGCCAAUAUGAGGAAUAACAAACUGAAAGACAUCAGGACAGCAUGGAAACACAGCAGAUUCUUCUUUGGCAAAAAUAAAGUCAUGGUGGUUGCCUUGGGUAAAGGAGAAACGGACGAAUACAAAGAUAACUUGCACAAGGUUAGCAAAUAUUUGCGAGGAGAAGUGGGAGUACUAUUCACAAAUAAAACAAAGGAUGAGGUACAAGAGUAUUUCAAUCAUUUCAAAGAGAUGGAUUUUGCACGGGCAGGCAACCCGGCACAGAUGGACGUAACUCUGGAUGAGGGACCCCUGGAACAGUUUCCUCACUCAAUGGAGCCCCAGUUGAGGCAAUUAGGACUUCCCACUGCUCUCAAGAAAGGUGUGGUGACACUGCUGAAGGACCAUGAAGUCUGUAAGGAGGGAGACGUGCUUACCCCUGAGCAGGCUCGUAUUCUGAAACUCUUUGGCAUCGAGAUGGCAGAAUUCAAGGUACAGAUCAAAUGUCUGUGGAACUCAGAAACAGGGGAGUUUGAGAACUGUGCUGGUGAGGAAGAGCCUAUGCAGGAUAAUGAAGGAGAUGAUGACGACGAUGCAGAGUGAAACCUCUGCAGGAGCUUCUACACAUUGUUUAAGUCAUUUUUGCCCACGUUUAACAGCAGAGGGACAUUGAUGUUCAAACCAUUCAUCCUGACUGCCCUGGAGUCUGUAAUCUCUCUCUUUUUUCACCCCCAAAACAAAAAUGUAUGUCCCCUCACCUUCAAUUUUAGCUUCAGACUGAAUAGUUGUUCAGUGAACACUGGAGUCUGAAGACUUACUGAUGUCUCACAUGUAAUCAUGUUGAUGCCACUUGUUUUGUCAACAUAAUGAGUUUUGUAUUGCAUGCACAUAUUUUGCAAUUUAGCCAAAACAAAUGAGCAGAUUCCAGAGUUAAACCAACUCAUUUGCAUGCAUUUUAUGUGCAGAAAAACAUGUUGACUUGGGAAAAUUACUUUUCUUUUUAAUGUAACAGUUUAAUUAAGGCAGAUUCCAUAAAAAAGUUUUUUUCCCUGAAAAAAA